CGCUAUUUCUCAUCGACACGCGUCACCAAAGCCUCCCCGGCGCCUCGCGUUUUUCUUAAGUGCUCCUUCCCUGCUGCCGUUUCCCCGCCGCCCCCCUUGCCAACCCCUCCGCGACCCCCGACCCCGUCUCAUUUCCCCCCUCCCGCCUCCUAUCCGCUCCGCCCCUUUUUCCGCGUCUCAUUCUGCUUCCAACCCCCCGCGCACUAUGGGCUCCGCCCUCAGCGCGUGCACGGGGCGCCCGGGAGGGAAGGACGGCGACCUUCCGUGCGUCCUGCUCGUCGGCUUGGACGGCUCCGGCACCACCACCAUUCUCUACCAAGUUAAGCACGGCAAGAAGCUCGAAACCAUCCCUACCCUCGGCAUGAACAAGGAGAUCGUUAAAGUCGACGGCAUGGACUUUGAGUUGUACGACGUCGGCGGACUCGAAAAAGUCCGCGCCCUUUGGCGCACCUAUUCCAAGGAAGCCAACGGCGUAGCGUACGUCGUCGAUAGCUCAGAUCCCAACCGACUACCCCAGGCGGCCGAGGAGCUCAAGAAGCUCUUCUUUGGCGACAAAAAGAAGAAAAGCCUCAUCGUUCCCGAUAUCCCGCUCCUCGUCCUCGCCAACAAACAGGACGUCGCCGACGCGGUCUCCAUCGACACGGUCGCCAAAGAUCUUGAGCUCCACGACCUCCCCGUCAGGAACUACAAGGUGCUCCCCACCGUCGCCACGGAUGGCACAAACCUGCGCGAAGGCCUGAAGUGGAUGGUCGAUCAGCUCAAGCUCUACGGCUACUAGUUGAUUGUUCACUUGAGUCUCUCUUCUCGGAUCAGUCCCCACCCCGCCCCAUUUCCCCACGCCCGACUACAACCUCUCCCGCCCCCGCCGAAAGUCCCAACCUGCACAUAGUCCCUCUUUCCCAUUUCAAGACAAUCGUUUCUCCCCUCGUAUCCUCCGCUUCUUUCCCUCACUUCCUCGCCCUUUCACCGCGCCCCUCUCCCAUUAUAUCUCGUCACGCUUCCUCCGCGCCGUUUUUUUUUUUGUAGCUCGCCUCCGUCGCGGUUCACGACCAUCACGACCAGCACCUUCUGCGCCCCGGCUCUGCCUCACGGACGUCUACUCUGUUGCUCACUUGGUCUAAUGCCAAGUUCUGGGCAGUACCUCCUGCGCAUCCCAAUCGCCCCUCCGACAUUUCCGCACCAUGUACAUCCUAUUUCGUCCGCUCUUUAAAGUAAACGAACGAUUCGGCA